AUGACAACAUCAAGAGUUAAUGAAAAGACUAAAUAUCUGGACGAAAACGACGGUGUACUGAGCGCAAAGUCACAACAGCCAAGCCUCACUGUCAUUGGACAAGCAACGAGAAGGUGUUUUGCGGACGAGACUCCAUUGAUCAAUAGAUCGGUAUUUAUCCCAAAAAGUCGAAGAGAUGUAAUAGAGGAUGUUCCAUACGUCGAUUGCACAGACUACGAACAAGAAAGUGAGGUGGGCCCAUUUCCAGAUGUCGAGAAACUUCUGGAGGCGACAUGUGUAUUUGAGUUAAGUCCCCCAAUGAGCCCUCCAUUUUCUGAUGACGAGAUGAGUACAUCUCCCGACGUCACCAUUUCUCUCUUGUGA